AUGAAGAGUCAAACAAUCUAUUCAUUUUACAAGAGGAAGGCCGAUGAUAUUGAAAAAGAUGAAGAAGUUAUAAUUUCUUCAUCUGAACUUGAACAAGUUUGUGAGAAUCCAAGAAUUGAAGAAAAUGAGCCUCGUCCUUCAAAGUUUAAUAGAGUUAACCCGGAAGACAUUGAGAAUUCUUUAGAACGUGAUCCUGAAAAGCGUAUUCCAAUUUGGCAAUAUCCACCGAAUCAAAAGGAUGCAAUACGAAGAGCGUAUCUAAAAUGGGGUCCUUAUCAAACGAAAUUAGAAAACUAUCCCUUGUCUGGUGAGCAGAAACAUCCAAGGCGGUUUCAAGACACUUGGUUCAGCUUGUUUCCUUCAUGGCUAGAAUAUUCACCGUCGGAAGAUGCUGCAUAUUGCUUACAAUGUUAUCUCUUUAGCAAAAAACCAAGCGGACGCCCCGGGUCACAAGUAUUCAUUUCUACGGGUUUUAAAGGUUGGAAGAAUGUUAGGAAUGGAAAACGUUGUUCCUUUCUUAAACACAUAGGGAAGGAUCCUUGCUCACCACACAACAAUGCAAUGAAAGAUUGUCAAGACUUUUUGAAUCAAGAUGUGCAUCUUAGGAAAGUUAUUGAAGUGCAAAGUUCGAGCCAAAUUCUGAAUAAUAGACUAUGUCUGAAGGCUUCAAUUGACAUUGUUCCAUCUUACAAUGAUGAAGUUGCAAAAGUUGUGUUGGAAAAUGCUCCAGAAAAAUGCAAGUAUACUUCACAUCAAAUUCAAAAAGAGCUUUUGCAAAUUCUUUCUAGUAGGGUGGGAAAACAUAUUCGUGAAGAAAUUGGUGAUUCUAAAUUUUGCAUCGUUGUUGAUGAAGCUCGUGAUGAGUCAAAAAAGGAACAAAUGGCUCUUGUGUUAAGAUUUGUUGAUAAAGCUGGUUUGAUACAAGAGAGAUUUUUUGAUGUGGCACAUGUUAAUGACACUUCUUCGUUAACUCUUAAGGAAGCAGUAUGUGGUAUACUUUCUCGACAUAACCUUGAUGUUUCUAACAUUCGUGGUCAAGGGUAUGAUGGUGCUAGCAAUAUGAGAGGAGAAUGGAAUUGUUUACAAGCACUUUUUAUGAAAGAUUGUCCUUAUGCUUACUAUGUCCAUUGUUUUGCUCAUCGGUUGCAACUUGCCUUAGUUACUGCAUCAAGAGAAGUUACAUCAAUUCAUCAAUUCUUUGAGAAGUUGGCUUUUGUUGUCAAUGUUGUUGGUUCUUCUACUAAGCGCCAUGAUGAGUUACAAGCUGCUCAAUCAGAAGAAAUUGCAAAUUUGUUAGAGACAGGGAGAUUGUAA